AUGUUUGAUGUAUCAGUGUAUAAGAACCACCAAGAACCUGAUUCCUUGCUCCAGACCCCACCUCCGGAAUGUAGCUAUACCACCCAGCAGGGAUAUAGCCAUGCCAAAGUACCGGGAGAGAGCUGACCGUUUCAACAACCCUUACCGGGACUUGUUCGGUCAAAAUAAAGGAAAGAAACCUACAACUUUCAGGGAUCGCUAUAUCGAGGCAAAAAGAAAUGAACCAAAACCUAGCAUUGGUUUUGGGGAUGAUCCCAAGAACUUCCUCAACAUAGGACGUGGGGCUAAACAGAAGAAGUGGAGUUUUUACAACGACGGAAGUAGAGUGAAGUUCAGUGAUGUAGGUAUAAUCCCGGAGUUAGCACGCGAGAUAGCGGAGUUGGGGGCUGUGUAUCCAACUCACCACCAGUGCGAUGUUAUCCCUGUUCUUCUGGAGAAUAAAAACUGCGUUUUUAUCAGUCCUACCGGCUCAGGAAAAACGUACACCUACCUUCUGCCAAUAGUCCAGAAUCUGAUAGCCAGCAAAAAGGAAGGGUAUAUCACUAAAUCUGGAGCACCUAGAAUCAUAAUCAUGGCACCUACCAAGUUCCUAGCUUUGCAGAUUGGGUUGGUCACAGAACACUUGAUACAAGAAUUUGACCUACGAAGCGUCUGCCUGACUGAACUGACCAGCAAAAACCAAUCUCAAGAAAUCAAGGGUCACCCCAUCGACAUCCUUAUCGGAACCUACGAUAACCUCACUUCCUGGAUAACUUCAGGGAAUGUUUCUACUUCAGAUCUCCAACACCUCGUGGUGGACGAGGCUGAUGAUUUCAUGGACUAUCGGAAGAUUGCUGAAAACGAGGCAUUCCUGAAGGAGUUUGUUGAUCAGGAGAACGGCUUGACGAAAUGUCAGAUAAUUCUAGCAGGUGCUAUCAUGCACACGCCUGGUUUUAAGAGAGUAACGGAGAUGGUGCCGGGGAUUGAGAGAUAUCUGAACCCCAGAUCUCAUGUCCCUCUCCAACAUGUACAGCAGAGGUUUUGUUUCGUUAACAACAGGAAGAAACCUUUUCACAUUAUCGAACUUCUCCAGAAUCAUAUCCAGAACUCAAACAGCGAGCUUCAGAGACCCCUGAUCUUUUGUAACUUUGCCAAUUCUGCGUACUGGCUUCACAAACACCUGAUCGCUCAUGACAUCAAUAACUUAUUCAUCGGCGGAAGUACUGACUCUAAAACUAAAACCCGAUUAAUGCGAGACGAAAUACCCAACACAGACUACCCGAUAGUUACAACUGACAGCUUUGGUUACGGUCUAGACAUUCGAGAGAUUGGUUUAGUGAUAAAUUACGAGUUUCCUUUUACCUACGAAGAUUACAUUCGUAGGAUAGGCAGGACGGGUCGUAUGUCAAGUAAUUCACAUAACUGUGAGGCGGUGAGUUAUGUUUCCUAUAAGAAGGAUAAAGCGUUGUUUAAUAUUGUGAAGAAUAGCACUGCUCAGAACGAAUGUUUGGCUACUAUGUUGUUGAGUACCAAUAAAUAUGGGUGGUACAGAAAUUAGGAUUUGGUAUCUUUUUGAUAUGGAUUUUUUGACUGCCAUUUUUAAACAUGUAAUCUGUUUUUAUUAAUUUAUUUCUUUUUAACUCCCCAAAUUUUUCGCUAAUUAACUUAUUGUUCAUAAAUAAUGUCAUAUUUUGAUGCUUUGAUUUAAUAUUAGUUACAGUGGUCACAUUUGCUAGUCAAAGAAAAGUGAUCGCAUUGAAAUGUAAACGACGUUAUCUCACUCUAAAUUUUAUGCUUGUUACAAAACUUUUAAAUUUUUAAACGCUAUUAUUCUCGUUUUAGCUAGAAUGAGUGACAGGAUCAAAUCGUUUAAAAACAAAAGCUGGGUAGACGCUGACGAUGCUAGACGCAGACGAAAAGAGGGAGCCGUCGAACUCAGAAAGG